AUGGAGGAGCAGGUCAUGACCGAGCUGGUGGAGAAGAGCAAGAAGAAGAAGGAGCUGGUGACACAGGAGAUCAACCAGGCUGAAAUGGGACCCUAUUUGUCUUAUGAGGUCUGGAGCUACGUGAUGUCCAUCGGCGUGUUCACGUUUAAGGACUGCACCAUCAAUGAAAUCGAGAUGAUCUGCGACCCCUCCACAGAAGACAUAAGGUUUGCUUCUCGUAGGAGGCGCAUCGAAAACCAGGCGAACCUGCUCCGGCAAUACCGCACCAAUGGACACGUGGUCCUCCAGUACGAAGUCACCGACGACGAGAGGGAUGUGGAGGUGUAG